UUACACUGCUGCUUCAUGUGAACAGGGCGGAGCUGAAGGUCCUCACUGUACUCAAGGACAUUUGCGCUCCAACAGCUGUGUCGUCUUUCAAAAUACACAGCAACAAGUAUGAGCCUCUCAAGUCCCCCCAAAUAAAAAAAGGUGGAGGUCACCUACGCUCUCCUCACCAUGACAUGAGUUCAGCAUCACCGGACCGAAUCCGGCUUCAUUCCCCGCGUAUGAACAUCAUCGCACAUAUGAAAUCCGCGCGUUUUGGCAGCUCGAGAUAAAGCCCCAUAUGACGCAGCAGGGCUCUCCACGGCACUGAUGCCAUAUUAAAGCCCGCCGCCCUCCACCCACACCAUCAAUCUGAUGUGGAGAUCGAAGAUAGGAGGGCUCACAUGACUCCACUCCAGACUGGAAGACGAGGAGAAGUGUGGCAUCUUCCAGCAUCAGCACUGCCACAGCUGGCGCAGCUCAUAACGGCGGACAGCAAGAGGAAAUAUUCACGCUUUUCCCUGGAUUUGGAGCAAAGUCUGCGGAUGAGCAGCGAUGGGGGAAUGGACCAUACUAGAGAGGCUCUUGGAGGCUGCUGUCCAGCAGCACUCCACUAUGAUCGGAAGGAUCCUGCUCACUGUGGUGGUGAUCUUCCGGAUCCUAAUCGUAGCUAUAGUGGGAGAGACAGUGUAUGAUGACGAGCAGACCAUGUUUGUCUGUAACGCCUUGCAGCCGGGCUGCAACCAGGCAUGCUACGACAAAGCGUUCCCCAUAUCUCACAUCAGAUAUUGGGUUUUCCAAAUCAUAAUGGUCUGCACGCCGAGUCUCUGCUUCAUCACGUACUCGGUCCAUCAGUCGGCCAAGCAAAAGGAGAGACGUUACUCCACCGCCACCGUCCUCCUCGCGCUGGAUAAUAAGGAGCAGGAUUCCCUGAAACGAGAGGAGGCCAAGAACCAGAAGAUCAAGAACACCAUCAUGAACGGAGUACUGCAGAACACGGAGAACUCCACCAAAGAAGCCGAGCCCGACUGUCUGGAGGCCAAAGAAAUGACCAGCUCGGGCACGAAACCGGGCAAGUCCAAAAUGCGGCGGCAGGAGGGCAUUUCCAGGUUUUACAUCAUUCAGGUGGUGUUCAGAAACGCUCUGGAAAUCGGCUUUCUGGUGGGCCAGUAUUUCUUGUACGGAUUCAACGUGCCCGCCGUGUACGAGUGCGAUCGAUACCCGUGCAUCAAGGAGGUGGAGUGUUACGUGUCCAGACCCACGGAGAAAACCGUGUUCCUCGUCUUCAUGUUCGCGGUCAGUGGCUUUUGCGUGGUCCUCAAUCUGGCCGAGCUCAAUCACUUGGGCUGGAGGAAGAUCAAAACGGCCGUGAGGGGCGUGAGGGCCCGCAGGAAGUCCAUCUACGAGAUCCGGAACAAGGAUUUGCCCCGGAUGAGUAUGCCCAAUUUCGGCCGCACUCAGUCCAGUGACUCCGCCUACGUGUAACGGGUUCGUAACGAGAACCCAAAGCCCACGCCGCCGAGAUCGAGACCGUGGACGAGUCCCGUCGCCACGUAAGGUUCAUUGCAAGAACACGGGGUAGGACUUUUUUGUUACUGUUUUAAAGACUCCAUUGGCAACUGUGGACGACAAACACGUUUGUAAAGCGGUUCACUACUGAAUAAUGCAACUUUUUAGCAACGUUUGUACUCUGAGACGUACACAAAGAGCAAAUGCUGAUAGCUGAAUGCGUAUUGCCUCUCUAAAAGCUGCGGUGACACUUGACAUGUCCGUGUUGCACACAAUGCAUGCUAUAUGAUUCAUUACGGUAAACUACAAGCGGCUCCACGACAACUGCUGUGACAUGAGCACUGACAUGUGAAGUGUGACCGAACCAGCUGCUCUACUGUACUUGAAGGGAGUAAAUGCGUCUUGCACUAAAAAGUGAACAUGAUGCUGACAUAAUAUCGCACAUCGGGAGAGUCUCGACACACCAUUCAUGUAUCAAACACUAUCGCUUCUGCUAGGGUUUCUUUCUUUUUGUUUGCCUGUACCGCACCAUUGACCUUAACGUAGGCUAUGUGAUGAGCUCCACUGCAAAUCUGCUGUCGUGUCCUUGUGUGUGUGUGUGUGUGUGUGUGUGCGUGAGCAGGGGUGAAUUUGCUGCAAACGCUUAAAGUCUGUGAUGAUUUCCUUAAUUUCAACACCAAAGCGCCCUCUGCUUUCAUUUGUGACGUGUUUUUUCGCGCUUAAGUGUAAUCAAGUGCCAUACUUGUAUAUAAAUAUAUGCAUAUAUACAUAUAAAAUCUAUUCUGAAGAAUAUAACCAUAUCCAUAAAGCAGAUUUAUUGCUUGAAUUAUGCUUACUGCGUCCAGACUUGCUUUAGCUCUAUUUGCUGUAAAUGAACUGAAAAUGGCAUAAUGCAUUCUUCCUUCUCUUUCGUUUGGAAAAAAAGGCCAGGUGGAAAUAAAGUGCUGGUCUUGUUCUACACAGGAUAGACGUCUUUUCUCGCUAACAAAUGACAGAACAGUGUUUCAGCAAUGUUUUGUGCUCUGGCGCUGGUUUUUCACCCAGCACUUCCAGCAAUAUUUGUAAGUCGAGUAGUUUGUUUUGGGAUUCAUGUACUAUUAAGUGAAAAUCCCACGCCUGCUGUAUCUCUUCCACUCUCGAUGACAAUGCAAGCGUGUUCAAGCAGGCGUGUGCUUUCAUUUUAAACUGGUUUAAGGCUUUGUUCAGAAACAAAGUCUGGUGCAUUAUUGUUUAACUUCUGAUCGUUAAGAUGUCAUUUUGUUUCUCCUCUUUGAAUGGUUCUUUAUGAUUAUGCCACCAUAUAUUUAUUACAAGCAAAUGCUUGCACAGAGAGGAGAUGUUCUCUGCAUUUCUGAGCUUGAAGGGAAAGUAUUGCAUGCUUAAGAACUUAUAUUCAAGAGAAUCCGGACAAUUUCAGGGGAUGAAAUCUCUGCGGCAUUUGCUCGAGUAUUGAUAUGUCACCCCACCCCCCUACAGACUCUUAAGAACUGACAUGUCUUGAAGGUCACUGAGGAUAAAGAACAGUUUGUGACAGACCGUCUCAGAUCAAACCUGACGGGAUGACCCCUGGGAGGAUGGACAUUUGGUGUUAUGAAAAGGGGCGGGCGGUGGGGAAGGGAACAAAAUGGCUUGGCUGUACGGUGCAAUCUUCCCUUUUCUCUCAGUAAUUCCUCUCUCCUUGGAUAAGCAUUCCAGGACUCCUGAGAUUUUUACAACUUUGUGGUCCUUACUGAGAAACGAAAGACCAGAGCCGAAGGACUGUACUGGAUCUGACAGAGCAAAGCUUUAAUAAAACAUGAACUGGUAUCUCUCUUGCCUUAUAUGUACUGCAGUCUCUCCUCCCUCCCUCCCCUCACCGUCUCUCAUUCUCUCCCGUGCAUUUUCUGCAAGAGCCGACCUGGUGUUUUUACAGCUCCUCCUAAAUGACAAAAUGAUUGGGUUAUGUAUGAAUGUAAUUCUGCAUGCUGUGAUGUGUCAUACAUCAUGCGAGAGGUCAGGCGAUGCGGUCGCUUUCACGUGUGCUGCAAACCCACAGACGGAGAGACUCUUGAGAUGCAUUGUGCACGCUGAGAUGUCUCCACUGCAGUUAAAACCAACAAAAAAUGUCUUGUUUGCAGGCCUGAGAUGACCAAACACGUUAGCAUGGGAUGCCAUUACUGCAGGUACACAAAUCAAGAGAUCCGUAGGGUGAUUUUUUUCUGUUUUUAGGAGGCGAUUCUCCCCGGAGCUUCAUCAUCUGAGAGCAAACGACGGUAUGAGCGUGUAAUGUCGCAGUACCUCAUAUACAUUGUAAUUUUAUCCUGAUCGAUUUGCAUAUUGAUAAAAAGGGCCUUGCAUGUAGUGAACGCAGAAAACGCCGGGCUGUUCCUUUCUGAGCCUCCAGUCCUUGUGGUUUUGAGGAUGGUACAUGUGUAAACUGAAUGAAAUGAAGAUGGAUGAUAUACUGUGAAUUAAAUCCACUUCUUUACAAAGAUGGUGAUGAAAGUGAUGGGCCUGAUCUUUUGUUUUCUUGCCGUGCGCGCACACACGCGCACGCACACACACACACACACACACACACUCAUGCCGCUCCUCUGAGAUUUCAUUGAACCGCAGUGUCCUGGAAGGGCUGCGCAGAAACUCUGCAAUGCACAACUGCUCUCACCUGCACAUCACUGAACAUGGGCAUUGGAAAUCUCUUCAGUGUGUACACAUUGUGUAUGUGUGUGUGCGUGUGUGUAUAUUAGUUUGGAUGUACUAAAGUAGCACAAAUAUCAAAGAAUGAUCUUAUUUAAGGACUGUUAACCAGGGGGAUGAGUCCGUAUAUUAUUAGUGUAUAUUAGUGUUUGUCAAAGUAUUGUGUAAUUCAUUUGAUGUUGAUAGAUUUCCAAAGUAAACACAAAGAGCUAUAAAUAAAAAGAAAUGUCUUAUUUAAAAUACACGCCCAUCUUAUUAUCGUUCAUUUGUUAAUUAAUGAAAAAUAUUUCUGAAUGUAUUUUUGAUUAUCAUUGAUAAGGUCUGGAAGUCAUGACUAGAAUUGUUAUUAGGAUUUCUCAGUCAAAAUGAUCUGUAUUUCUGUAUUUUAUUAUGGGAGAUUUUGCAUGUAUAAAAACAGACAAAUUAUUGUAUAACAUGAACAUGUAAUUAGAUAUGACAAUGUCCCUUUGUUCACUUUAUUAGUUAAAAUGUUUCUCACUCUUAAAAAAAAAGGUCCUUUACCGAUGGUUCAGCGAAGAACCUUUAACAUCCAUGAAAUCUUUCCAUUCCACAAAAGCUUCUUUAAAGUGGAAAAGGAUCUUUAGAUAAUUAUAAUGUUCUUCACUAAACAUUUUUUUAAAUUAAAUUCUUUCCGAAGAACCAAUCACUGAAAGGUUCUUUGGGGAACCAAAAACAGUUAUUCUUUGGCAUCUCUGUGGAAAAAGAAAACCCUUUUGGAACCUUUAUUUUUAAGAGUGGUUUUAAUGAGAAAAGGUUAUGUAAAAAUACCCCAAAAUGACUGACACAUAGUAUGAUAAGCACUAUAAUCCAAAUAAGCCAAAGGCCACAAAAUAUAUGCAACACAAAGGUGUUGGUUGAUGUUUUAUCCUUGUCAGAACAUGAUAAAAACACAUUUUUAUUAUAUGGAUUGGUCCGGGAUCACAGCUUCAUGGCUUAAACUGGCUAC